GCCACCUCAUUAUUGCAGUCACAUCGCAGUGGAUACUCGUAACAGCUCAAAAAUAAAGACCUACGCUGCCUCACAGGAGCAUUAUAUCUAACCCUUAUUCAGUCCCAAUACGGCGUUAAGACACCGCUAAACAUAAACACAAGAACCAUGUUUGAUCCUCAUUCUGCUUCUGAAGACACUGAUCCUAUUCCUGAUUCCGCUUAUCUCUUGGGAAAUGAAAGUCACCAGAAAGAAAAGUACCGCAAACAGAGUCAUUGGAAGAGCCCAUCAGCAUGUAUACUUAUAGUUAACAUCAUCAUGUUGAUUAUAUCCAUAAUCUGCUUAUUGGCUUCACUUGCACUUUGGCAGAGUUCACAGCCCUCCCACUCGCGAAAUUGGCUACUAAAAGCUACAUCAAAUCCCUCUCCAAUUCUAGAACAAAUUAACAUACCUGUUCUGUCAAAGAAAAUGAACGGUACCUUUCUAGAAACAGGAACAAAAGAUAUCUUUCGCCAAGAUCCCUCCCCUGAGGUUGACGCAGCCUGGGACAGAAUCCAGACUCGAGAUGCUGUUCCGAUUUCAAGACUUGACGUAAUUCGCUUGGGCAAGGACCCAGAUGACACAGCCAAAUUCCCCGAAUCAUUUGGACUCGGGAACGAAGCAUACAUUGCCAAGGUAGACGUGUUUCAUCAGAUACAUUGUCUAAAUACGUUGCGAAUGAAUUUACGCAACAAUUUUGACUAUUACUAUGGAAGCGAAUUCCCAAAUGGCACUGCCACAACAAAAUUCCAUGACUUGCAUGUUGGUCAUUGCUUGGUUACGUUGCUCGAAAAUAUCAAAUGUGCUGGAAACGUGGACUUGUAUACCCAUCGAUGGGUAGAUGCACAGGUUCAUCCGUAUGCCGAUUUCAACAUGGCUCACCAAUGUAGGGAUUUUGAUGCUAUUUUGGCGUGGCAGGAAAAGCAUGCCGUGCCAAUGGAUCAAAUGAUGAAUGUGACAAAGCCUAAGGACGCAAAGGUUCAUAUAAUGAGCCAUGAGUUCAAGGAGGUGAUGGGUUGGUAUAAGACUCAUCCUGAAGAUGAUACUGUGAAUGGAGAAGACGGUUGAGAUAUAUUGUACUUCAUUAGUAUAUAAGUUAUAGAAUUAAUUUGUAAGUAUUUCCCACUGAG